AUGGGAGGUGUGGAGGUUGAUACUGGAAGUUUUGGACAGUUGAUUUUGGACUUGAAUCUUGUUGUUGCUAACCUGGUUAAAUCCAUUGAGCAGGGUGUGUUAACUGAAUGGCAAAGGUCGAAUGCUGUGGAGUUGAAAACUGAUAGUGAGUUUCAGACAGCUAUGGUGGGGCAGAAUGCUGUUCCUACUGCUUCAACUGCUGACGAGGGUCCUAUCACUCCGAUUGCAAACAAAUAUCAGAGUUUAGUUGUGGAAACUUUUGAAGUUGGUGAAAUUGUAGUGGGUAGCUCUGUUAUCAACAAUCUGGAUGAGUUCCCUAUAUUGGAGGUGGGUGGAAAGGGUAAAGGUAAGCAAGGUAAGAAGGGUCCAGGUAGGCCUGCAAAACCCAAACCUAAGAAAUGA